AUGAGUGAUGAGGCGGUGAUGGACGAGAGGUUUCGCGCAGGAUUUGACGCAAAAAUCCUGAGUGGUAGGGCAACGACCCGAGGUGCCUGGAAUUCUUGUUGGUUUGGCGGCGGCUUCACCGAUUCACUAUCAGUCAAGGCCGCUAAACCACGGAACCCAGACGGCAAUGACUCUUAUCUCAUCGGUGAAUAUCAAUCUCGAGCGAGCCACCAGAGCGUUGCUGUUGGGGUCUCAGUGGGCCGGUCCAAGAGCGAUGUGUUGUAUCUUUCCUGCAGCUCCCCGCAGAGCCUGCCACAUCUGCCAAUUACUCGACCUGAGAGAGCCGAAUCCGGCUUGGGAACAGUUUCCCUCUCGGUGCCACUGAGCCCGUGUAGGGCUGGAAAUCCUCACCUUGUAAAGGUCUCGAGGACAAGCAUGCAGGCGUUCGGCCCGAAGCGUCUGGCAGCUCAUCCCGCUGCAAUGUCCAUUCCUUCCGUGGGCAUGACCAAGUGGCGCAGAGAGAUCAUUCCGCGCACAGAUCGAAAGAAAAACUCAAUAGAAGUUUCGGGAACUUCAUCUUCCGUCAUCAAGCGAACCCCGAGCGCGAAGAGAUGCUUGCGACUCAACACAGGAAUCAUCCAAUUUCAGAACGUUCGAAGUUCGAUUGUAUCUGACGACAGCCUCCCGGCAUCGUGA